AUGGUCGGGUUUGGGACUUUCCAGGGUCUUGCCCUGCUUUUCGCUGGGGCUGGUUGGCUUGCAGAAGCGAUGGAAAUGAUGCUUCUCUCCUUCAUAGGACCAACAGUUAAAUCUGAGUGGACACUUUCUCCCACUGAAGAGAGCCUUCUAACCACCGCUGUUUUUGGUGGAAUGCUUGUCGGAGCAUAUUUUUGGGGUUUCAUAUCAGAUGCCUAUGGCAGAAGGAUGGGAAUACAGGGUGCAGUGUUGGUAGUAGCAGUAGCUGGACUGUUAAGUGCUUCUUCCCCUGACUACAAGUUACUGAUAAUAUAUCGUAGUUUAGUUGGAUUUGGUGUGGCCGGUGGACAUGUAUCCGCAUCAUGGUUUAUGGAGUUCAUUCCAACUUCCAGUAGAGGUGCUUGGAUGCUUUCUCUUACAACUUUCUGGACUCUUGGAACAUUAAUGGGAGCUUCACUAGCAUGGAUUGUUAUGCCAGGCUUGGGCUGGAGGUGGCUACUUGCUUUGUCAUCUAUACCAGCUUUCUUGGUUCUUCUCGUUUCUAAUUUUGCACCGGAGUCUCCAAGAUACCUAUAUAUGAAAGGCAGAACAACUGAAGCCCUUAUAAUUUUGGAAAAAGUAGCUCUAAUCAACCGAACAAAACUUCCCACAGGAAUUCUUCUCUCUGAUCAAAACAUGGAUCUAGAUGAAGAAAACACACAAUUGGACGAAACUCCUCUUCUUUCUUCAGUCGGAAAAGAGAGAGGCUAUUUAGAAACAUUUCUCAAAUCUACACUCGAAAUCUUUUCAUCGAAUUUACUGGGGACUACUCUUCUCUUGUGGCUUUUGCAUUUUGGAUAUACAUUUGCAUACUAUGGAAUUAUAUUGAUGAUAUCUCAGUUGAGCAGUGGACAAAAAGAAUGUGGCUUAAUUACUAUCCAUUUUGAUAAUGUCCAGGAUGCAAGCCUCUAUAUUCGCGUAUUUAUUACUAGUUUUGCAGAACUUCCUGGGCUUAUUGUUGCGGCAGUUCUUGUUGAUCGGCUAGGUCGUAAGCUUACUGUGGAAAUUCUUACCAUGUUUACGUUCAUCCUAAUUCUACCACUACUUUUGCAUCAAAACGAGUCGGUGACUACAGCAUUGUUAUUUGGUGCUCGAAUGUUCAUUUCUGCAGCAUUUACAAGUCUAACCGUCUAUGCGAAGGAGGUAUAUCCAACUUCUACAAGGGGCACUGGUUGUGGACUUGCAACUUCUGUCGGGAGAGUUGGUGGUAUGGUAUGCCCUCUGGUAGCAGUAGGACUGGUUAGGGGCUGCCAUCAAACAGCUGCAGUUAUUCUAUUCGAAAUCGUAGUACUUUUUUCGGGACUCUUCGUCCUGCUCUUCCCAUUCGAAACCAAGGGAAAAAACUUAACAGACACUUUGGUAGGAAUGUAA